CUUGGCAGACACAGGAAGCUCACCCGUGUGGUGGUAAACCAAGAGUAAGCUAUUUCAUAGUUCCGCACACAAAGAUACCGCUACAAAGAUGCAAAGAGGGUAUGGAGAUUUCUUCAUGGAGUCCAACACUAGUUUAACAGAAGAGCAAAGAAAGCAGCUCUGUGACCUUCUGGGGAAUGUGGAGCUGACUCUUCUCUACAAAGCUUCAGUCCAUGGAUAUAAACCUAUUGUGUUCCACAAGCGAUGUGACCGUCAGGGUCCCACCUUACUUGUAGCCUACAACCGUUCAGGCUACAUCUUUGGUGGAUACACUAGUGUAGAUUAUACUCGAGUCGAGCAGUAUAUUAAUGAUGAGGAAGCUUUCCUGUUCAGCUUUCAAGGCAAGUUCCCUGUCUACAAUAAAGUAAACAGUGGACAUUAUGCACGUUAUGAUGAUGCUGGAAUGCCCAACUUUGGCCAACAGUUGUAUUUUUGCAAAAGCAACCAACCAGUUGUGUAUAUUCGAGGAGGUAAAUCAUUCAGUUUUAAUGCUGAAAGAUUCUAUGGGAACGACGCUGCGCUGACUGAAUGUGAGGUCUACAAAGUGGAGCAGAAACUUCAGACCAAGGAGAAGCCAUGGAGGAAUAUUCUGUGGACAUCUAUACAAAGAGAUGAGCUCAUGCAAAUGAUGAGGGAUUAUAAACCCCUGGUGAAUUCUCUCAACCGUGUUCGAAUCCUAAUGAUCGGUCCUGUAGGUGCGGGAAAAUCCAGUUUCUUCAACUCCAUCAACUCCAUCUUUACUGGUCAUGUGACCAACAAAGCCAUGUCAGGAUCUGCAGGCACUAGUCUCACCACACAGUUUCGCACAUAUCCAGUGAAAGACGGUCGUGAGGGAAAGCCAUUGCCGUUUGUGUUGUGUGACACCAUGGGACUCGAGGAGCAAACCGGUGCAGGACUGGAUAUUGAGGACAUCAGCAGCAUUCUUCAAGGUCGCGUUCAAGACCGCUAUAAAUUCAACCCAACAGAACCGUUUCAACCUGAUGAGCAAAAGGCCUCCAGACCUGCAUCUCUACAGGAGAAGAUCCACUGUGUGGUGUAUGUGAUAGACGCCACCAAAAUCUCCCUCAUGUCUGAUAAAUUUGAGGAAAAACUUGCUGUAAUUCACAGAGAAAUAAGCUCACUUGACAUUCCCCAGAUGGUCUUGAUGACAAAAGUAGAUGAAGCAUGUCCUCUAGUGGAGAAGGACCUUUACAAAAUUUAUCUCAGUCCCUACAUCAAGUCCAAGGUGCAGGAGGUGAGCUCUCGGUUGGGUGUCCCGGUGUCUUGUGUGUUACCGGUGAAGAACUACAGUCAGGAGCUGGAGCUGGAGCUCAACUGUGACGUCCUGCUUCUCACUGCUCUAAAACAGAUGCUUCGCUUGGCAGAUGACUAUCUGGAUGAUGUUGAUGUAUUUUAGGCUAGUAAAUGCUGCAGAGAUAUGUGUUUAUGCCCCUUGAUCAGCAAAACAAGUAGGCUUAUCUUAAAUAAGAAGAUUUUUAUUCUGUUCGUCCAGAUCUUUCAUAAUCAUUCAUAAUAUCCAUUUAAGAAAAACAAUGGGAAAUGCCAAAGUUCACAUAUCAUUAAAGCUGUACAUUUCAUAUAAUUGUUUGUUGCUUUCGUAGUUGGAAUAUUGUUGUGCCAUAAACAGGUACAUAAUACUAUAAUGAUGUGUUAGAAAUCAAGAUGCUAAAAUCUGUAUUAAGAAAAGCUUCUUUUGAUUAAAUUAAGUUCAGUUUUUGAUCCUUGAA